UUCGAACAAAAAAGGAGUUGUACCGAAUCAUGGUUGAACAACGUGUUGGUUGUAUUUUAUAUUUUUCGCCCCUAGUUUUUGUUUGUUUUAUGAUAUAGGAAUUAUUAUGGUUAAUUUUAAUUUUCCCAAAUAUAUUUUGAUGAAAUAGCUUUAAAUCAGCUUUAAGUCUUCGACUUUCAAGGGAUUCUACUUUGAAAUGUUGUAAAAGUGUUUUGUAUGGUGGAAUAUCUUCUAUUUUUACCUUUGUGAUUCUUUUGUAAACAAAUCUUAAAUAUCGUUUUUGUAUGUUUUCUAUUAAUUUAAUGUUUUUCUUAGUUAAAGAAUUCCAAACCGGUGACCCAAAUUCUAUAAUUGACCUUACGUAUAUAUUAAAUGCUUCUAUAAGAAUUUUAGGAUCUUGUGAUUUUAGAGAUUUAAUUAAUGCAUAGCAGUUUCUAUUGGCCCUUAGAGAUAUUGUUUGAAUAUGUUUAUUAAACUUGAAUUUAGAAGUGAAGAAAAUUCCGAGAUCCCUAUUCUUGUCUUCAUUACUAAUUUGGAAUAUUUUGUGGUUUCCUAUUGAGUAUUGUAAUUUAGGGUUUGAUUUACCUAUAUAUAAUACUGAGCAUUUAUUUAAUGAUAUGUUGAGACCAUUGGUGUUACAAUAUUGAAUGAAUUUAUUAAUAAAUAAUUGUAAAGAAUUGUUAGAUAAAUCGGUUUUUUUUAGAAUUUGAUAGGCUUUGAUGUCAUCGGCAAAUAAUUUUAUUUUUAUUUCAGGAGUGUAACAGAAUGUUGGUAAGUCCGAUAAGUAUAUAUUAAAAAGGAGCGGGCCUAAGAUAGAUCCUUGCGGAACUCCACUAGUAAUAGAGAAUUGUUCAGAAUAUUCAUUUCCUAUUUUAACAACAGAUUUUCUGUUGUGUAAGUAAUUAGAGAUCCAUUUUAAGAGUGAUUUUUCAAUUCCUAUUACUUUUAGUUUUGUUAAAAGACGUUCAUGGGGUAUAGAAUCAAAGGCUUUAGCUAGAUCGAAAUAAACUAUGUUUAUUAAAUUUUUAUUAUCCAAUGCAAAUGAUAUAUCAUCUUGAACCUCAAUUAGUUGGGUAGUGACGGAUUUGUUUGGUCUGAAUCCAUGUUGACAAUCUGGUAAUAUACCAUUUUGUUCAACAUAAAUUGAUAUAUGGUUUGCAAUAAUUUGUUCAAUUACUUUUGUGAUUGAACAUAGUAAUGAAAUUGGGCGAAAUUCUUCUAUUUUGGGUAUCUUUAAUGUUUUUGGUAUUGGUAUUAUUAUACUUUGCUUCCAUAUUUCAGGAAGUGUUGAAGUCAUUAAUGAAUAAGAAAAAAUAUAAUAUAAAGGAUAAUAAAGACUUUUAGCGCAUUUUUUAAGGAAUAUACAUGGUAUUGAGUCAUAAGAAGAGUUAGUUUUUUCAGGUAGCUUAGAAAGAAGAUCAAAGAUUUGAAGUUCAUUUAUGAUUACGGAUUGACAUGUAUUUUGAUUUGUUAUAGAGUUUAGAUCUGCAUUGUCUAAUGAAUUUUUAUUAAAUACAGAACUAAAUUGGGUACUUAGAAUUUGUGCUAUUUUAUUAUCAGCGUAUACUAAUUGAUUAUUUUUAUCCAAAAUUGAAGUUAUUUUCCUGUUUUUGGAUUUAAGAAAUGAAGAGAUGUAUGAGAAUUUUUGACUGAUAGUUUGUGUUUUAUGCUUUUCUCUAUUUUUUAAAAAUUUGUUAGUUUCAGAAUCUAUUCUUUUUGAUACAUAUGAGAUUUUACGUGUUAGCUCUGGCGUGGAUUUUUGUUUCCACAGAUUUUUUAGAUAUAAUGUCAUUUUUUCAAUGUGUUCGGGUUUUUUGAGAUUGUUAGAUUUUACUUUAGAUUCGGGAACAAAGGAACAAAUAACAUUAUGUAUAAUCGAUUGGAAAGUGAAAUAUAGUUGAUUUAUAUCAGAGCAUUGUGUGAAUACUAGAUUCCAGUUUAUUGUUGAGAAAUGUGCAUUAAUUAUUUCAUAGUUAGCUUUACGAAAAUUUGGAUAUGUAUAAUUAUUAUCUUGGUAAUUGUUAGUAGAAGAUAUUUCAAAUUCUAUUGUAUUAUGGUCAGAUUUACUUAUAGGCGGAUUGAUUGUUAUAGCCUUUAUUAAUUCAUCCUCAUUAGUUAAUAGUAAGUCUAAUAUAUUUACUCCUCUAGUGGGUUUAUCAAUUUUUUGUUUUAGUCCUAAACUUUGAAUAUAUUCUAAAAAUAAUGUUUCUUUGGUAUUUUUGGUUUGAGUACUAUAAUUUUCCCAAUCGAUAUUGGGUAGGUUAAAGUCUCCUAAUAAGAUAAGUGGGUAGGAUACAGCCGAUAUAUC